AUGAUGCUAGGCGGUUCGUCAGACCGAUUUGCAUUGGCAAUCUCCAAGGAUACCAGAUCGUGGGUGAGUCUAAAGCUCGAGGGCCGCUUUGGGCAGGAGCGGGGACGGGCAAGCUAUGAGUUAGUCCCAGAGAAAGCAGAACCUAUGGCGAAUCAGGACGGAUCAUCGUGUCGAUCGGCAACAGAACAAACUAAAUUCGCCGAAUAUGUCAGGGCAGGCACCGUCACAGCCGUCUGGAGUAUGGCCACCAAGCGACCCCCGGACGAUGACCCCAAUCUUGUCUCCAAGAUCCAGCGAAUCGAGCAUCAAGACCCGCUGAGUCCACAACACCGCCCGUCCAACAACAAUGACUUUUCCGGCUCGGUCAAGAAGAAGCUCGCCGACUCCAAGCGGACGGGUCAGGCGUGCGAUCGGUGCAAGGUGCGCAAGAUCCGCUGCGACGGCCGACCCGAAGGAUGCACACCAUGCGAGCAGAACAGGACGCCAUGUCGCACCACGGACCGAAUCACCGGGCGCGCCACAGUACGCGGCCACGCGGAGGCCAUGGAAUCGGAGAACUCGUACCUGCGCGCCCACAUCGCUGACCUGCAGGCCCAGCUGAAGGAAAACCAUAUCGAACCCCGAGCGCCACCUGCCUACAACGCCUUGCAACCACCCAGCCAUCCAUGGUCUUCAGCCUCCAACGACGGCCAAGCUUGGAACGAUGGACCGCGGCGGACAAGCACCUCCCCACUACCAGGCUAUGUCGCCGCUGGCACUCCGGUCAAGAUCGAAUCUCUGCCUCAAUUCAAGCACGGUUCAAUUGGCGACAACUACCUCGGCGUUGCGGCUGGAGAUGCACUCCUGAGCCACAUCAAGGGCACAUCACUGUCAAUCUUCGGCACCGAAAUCAACAUCACAGACUUCAUGACGGGCGAGGCUGAGUAUGAAAGCUCUCCCAUGUCCUACACGACCCUGGUCAAUGUCACCAUUGGCGGUGAACAUGUCGAGGAACCGCCACUACCGGCAUAUGGCGAGCUGCAAGAGUACGCCAUCUGGUAUCUGCGGUCACUGAACCCCUACACAAUGUUUGUGCACAAGCCUACCUUUAUGGAACUGAUCUGGAGAUUUGGCAAUGACCCCAGCUUCGUCCCUUCUGCGCCCGAGAUUGUAGCUGUACAUUUGAUGCUCGCGACCAUUACCUACCAGAUUGCGACCCGAAACAACCAACAGAGUGGUAGCACUAUGCUAGACGACUCGCAUGCCCAUUACCUUUAUGCGGCGAGCUUCUACAAGGAGCUUAUCCGUGGCAAUCACGGCUGGCAAGACGUCCAAGCCCUGGGUAUGAUAUGCCACCAUCUCCGAAACUUUCCAAAGCCUGGUGCGGCAUGGAUCAUGACUUCGACUGUCUAUCUAUUCGCAGUACAACUUGGCCUACACAGAUCUGUCAAGGUCUGGGCCGACGGCGCAGGGGAACUGACCAAGCUGGAUAUUGAGAUGAGAAAGCGAGUCUACUGGACCGUACACGCGCUACUUGUCAAUCUGAACGGGAAACUUGGACGGCCCAUACCCAUUAGCAGAGAUGACAUCGACGUCGAAUUCCCAGAACCUAUGAAUGACUGCCUUCCUGGCGAAGGAGCCAAGCUGGACUCGUUUCACCAAUGCUCGUUUCAAGUGGGCAUUCAAGUUGCCAAAUACACCGUCUGGGAGAUGGAACUCUACAAGACUAUCUAUGCUGUGCGGCACUCGCCAAAAGCAUACGUGGAGAGCCUGAAACGUCUUGAAGUCGGCAUACAGCAAUGGAAAGAGGAAAUCCCCUACGAGUUGCGCGAUCCGUCGCACGCGUCCGAGGACGAUCAUAUUUUUGCACUUUAUCUGGAGUACUGGUACCAGGCGUUCAAUUUGCUCCUGCACCAUCCUGGUGUUUGCAGAUCUACUGACCCGGCCAUACUCAGUUCCAACUUGGACAAAUGCUUAACCGCAUCGCAGAAGAUGUUGCAGAACUGUACAAUGAUGAUGGAGAAGAAGAGUCUGGACAUUCCCUGGAUAAACACAGUCGUGUACAUCGCCGCUGCAUUCACAACUCUCUUCAUUCAGUCUAUGAGGCAAGAUCAGAUGUCGCCCGUAGACAUGACUAAACUCAAAGCUGACAUGUCAGCUUGGGUCAAUGUGCUUGGCGAAUGCGAUCAUUUCUUAGGAUCUGGGAACAAGCUCAAACAUGCCAUUGCAAGGAUCGUCGAUCAGUCGCUUGGUAACAUCAACGACAGCAUUGUCAAGCGUACUGCAACCGAGUCUCUCGCUCGUGUGGCAAUGCAGGCUCCUCGCUCGGCGUCCACUGCCCCCACAUAUGACAACAGCGGGUAUCGGGAACAAUAUACAACACCAUCCAGUGGACCUACAGACCCUACGCUCACUUCACAGUCGGGCGCAUACAAUAAUCUGUCAGGAAGCACCACACAUCCAUACAAUCUCGGAACCCCCAUGCCUAUGCCUCAACAGACCAAUAGGGUUUACGAACAACAAGCAUACAGCAGUGGCGAUGAGACGAACAUGCAUGUGAGCCAUGCAGCAGCGUUGGCAGCAGCAGCCUCCGGCAGCAUUUCGCAGCCUUCUACCGAUGCGUACGCCUACGGUAACGCUCAAAUUGCCAAUAGCGGUCAUCAGCCCACAUAUUCAACCAAUGGGUACGCAGCCCAGGACUGGAGUCAAUGGACACGAGCGUAUAUGCAGCCACAACAGGGACAGCCCGGCGAGUACCUAAAUACAGCUACUACCCUCAUGACCCUGGGCCGAGAUUCCGGAUCCCAAGGGACCGGAAGUGAUGGUCAAGGGCUUGUUCAAACAUCUGGGGUUCAGGGCCACGCUCCGAGUCAUUGGCCAGAAAUCCAGUUCCCGAAUGCCGCUAAUGGCAGCAACCACAUGGCUCAACAUUGA